AUGCGUAAGGUCGGCACUACACAGUCGAACGCUCCUUCCCCGGCCCCAGGAUCUAUCUCUGGCAGUACCGCCUUGGGUGGACAGUCACAGAAAGAAACGCCAGUACCAGGUUUUCGGGCGCCAUCACGGCAAGUAUCUCAACAGAAAGAGAUUCCUCUACGAGCCUCCGAUAACCGGCGUACGAGCUUUACAUCAACUACAGCUACUAACCAAACUCGUGGAUCUCGGGAGCCCAUACGCACCGGCACGCCAACAAUCGACGACAAAGAACCACGCUGGGAUUCUUUUGGUCGUCGGCCUUUGGCUGUGAAACGAGAAAUGUCACCCAUCGCAUCUUUGCCCCGAUCCCCAACACUUGAAGAAGAGCCUCUAUCCUCGAGCUCAUCGGAAGAGUCGGGAUCCGACGAUGAAGACACAAAUCGGCGUGCACCUAGAUUCAAACGAUUUGGCAAGUUUUCUACCCAUCGCUCUACUUUCCGAGAUGACGAGGACGACGAAGAAGACACUCCAGCGUUCCUCCCCCUGUCCCGAGAACACGAGCAUACGCAUCGGGAGCGGCCAGUCCAGGAACUUAGCGCAACGCUCCGUUUAGAUGCUGAGCGAGCAGCGGCACAGCGGCGGCGUCCCGAGCAGCGGCCUGGCCCUAGAGCCCCCGUAGCUACAGAAUCAUCUACUAGCUCUAUGAGCUCCGGUGGGCGUGGCAGCGUACCCGGUGGAAUCAGACAGACCAGUGAGGGGUCGAUACUGAGCCCUCUGCGCACUGCCGGGCGUCAAAAUUCGCGCAAAUCUACUGCGUCCGGUCGUGAAACUAGUGAUGGUACCCCCAGCAUGGGAAGUAGCUUCAGUGACCUCGACGGUAUGUGCCUCAAACCCGAGGAUUCUGGAUUUCAACUGAUCGACUCGUCAGACGCAAGCGUUACUCAAUCAGCACUGGAGGAGGCCCUUCUAAGCAACAUGCAACAUGGUGGAAUGGCCAGUCGGAUGAGUACCAUCAGCCAAGCCUUGCGCAGCCGGUAUUUGCAGUGA